UUGUUUUAUACGACUCUAUAUUUAGGUGAAAUUGCCUCUGUGAUUGGAACGAAAUACGACUUUACUGAGGACAAAUGGCUUGGAUCAUUGUACGACAAAGAUAAUAACAUUGACAUCGACAACGAUAUGAUACUGAGCGAUAUUCCGCGUCCUACACGACUACUUUCGUUGUACUCUCCUCUAUCCGGUAUCAGAAUGCAAGUAACCACAUCCUAUCCGGUUAUACAUCUUUAUGGUUCGAAGUAUUUGAAGUGCAUAGGAAAACGCAAUGAAAAGUAUGGUACGGGCAAAGGUUUAGCUAUUGAACCACAGUUAUACACGGCUGCAGUGAACUAUCCUCAUUUCCCAAGUAUAGAGAUAACACCGGAUCAACCAUACCUACGCGAGAUUAUUCACUCGUUUUCAAUCGAACCUGCCUCAGAUAAUUGA